UGUUAUCGUUGUGAGAAUUUGCUUCGUCUAUAGACCACCGUUUUCGUACCCCAUGUUGUCAGUGUAUAACAUCAAACCAUCCGCGAUGUUAUGUAAAUAUCUCACCCUAUACGCAUAACAGCUUCUUAACUGAACGUUUGUUCAAAUUCCACUUUACACUACAGACAAAUAUUUCAAAUGAAUUUAAAGUUGAAUCACCUCACAAUGAUGAUCACAAAUAAGACCGUUGUUCUUUUAAUAUUCACAACUCUACUGCUAAAUACUCACAACGCUAUGCAGGGAAAAUUGUCAAAGAAAACCUUCAUAAAUCGAAGUCGGUCAGUCAACAAAACCCUUUUCAACUUCACCGAUACUAAAAACAAAACUGUAUUUGAUAAUUGGAUGGAGUAUUCACAUAAGGUUCAACGAUCUAAAGCCACGCUCGUACCACUUCAUGGACAGAAUUACCAAUCAGCCAUAUUCUUCUGUCUACUCAACUCACGACCAAAUGGAUCGAGUUUCGCCGGCGUCAAGAGGAUAAACUAUAUUUCGGUUUUGCCAGAAUAUGACGGUGUAGUAAUUGAUCUUCAUAGACAAGGUCUGAAUACUUCUUUCAAACUGAUCUUCUAUGGAAACUGUGUGGAUGUACAAAAUUGUGUAUUAUGCGAGUCAAAUUUUGAGACAUCUGGCGUACGACAACGAAUAGAACUACCAUUUAGCGAAUUUACGCAACACAAUCAAGGAAGACAGAUAUCUAAUCGAUUGCCGUCAAGUUUAAACCAAGUAUCUCAAAUCGGAAUACAAGCAUAUACAAAUAGAUAUGAGACUAAACAGCAAAAUGGUGUAGGUUCCAUCGAAAUAUUCACUAUUUCAAUAUAUAAAGAAGCUGGAAAGUCA